UGGCACCUCACAGUUGCACACAGAGUGGCAGUUUCAGGCCCCGGCCAGGUUGGCAUUCGGCGUUUCAUUCCUCUUGUCUCAUAGUGUGAAAUAAUCACACUUUUCAAGGCAAUGGGAAUUAUCCAUUCGUGCCUUCUACGACUACGAGGGCGACGACGUCGGGAUACUUUUUCGGGAGUAGCUACGCAGGAGGAAGCGAAACCCGACAGGAAACCAUCCACAGGAUCUCUCAAGUUCAUGAACGAAGGAAGCAGGAAGAGAAGGAAGAGCAGCAAGCGGGAUCCUGAACAUUCUGCCACAUCCUGGGACACAGGAGAGAAGGUUGAUCCAAAGGAUUACACCAUCGAGAACCAGAGAGAUGUUCUUACUGGAAGGACUCCAGGAACCAUUAGAGGGCAACAGUUCAUCAUUCAAAAUUGCUCCAAUUCUUCAAUAUACUUGUAUGAUCAUAUCGGAGCAAUAACUGUUGAUGAUUGCUCAGACUGCAAGAUGUUCAUCGGACCUGUACGGUCCAGUCAGCCAAUUAUUGAGUCAUCGAGCAACAUCAACUUUGCUCCAUUCCAAUACUUCUAUCCUCAAUUAGAAGCUGAUACACAUUUUAUUACUAUUCCAGAUCAAAUAAAUAAUGCAGGACUGAGUCCUUUCAAUUGCAAUUGGAGCAAUAUUCAUGAUUUCACCCCCAGUCCAACUGAACCAAACUGGUCUAUCUUGCCAGAAGCCACAAACUUAGAGGAGUAUCUUCCACCUCCAACACCAGAUCAGGAAUUAUUCAAAGAUAUGUCAGUAUCCUUGGAGCCAUCCAAGAGUGUUGUUCCAGCAACAGCAGGAAUCCAUUGUGUUGUGAAAUCACAGGAAAGUGCACUGGUGGCCUUUUUUUCGGAUGGUCAACAUCACGAUCGAGCCCGAUCCUUCAUUCGUGAUAUGAAAGAAGCCAACCCACAGUCUCAACUGAUUCAGGCACAAGAGCUGUAUCUAACAAAAGAAGAUGCUCAGCGUGUUUUCCAGUCCCCAAACUAUGCAGACAUCAUCACCAUGGGAUCCGUUGUGGGGUUGGAGUACAAUGGCCCAGGGACUUUUGUUGCCGCCCAAAAAGUUUGUCCUCUGUACUGCUACUAG